CGAAGACCGAAAAAAGGGGGGAAGGGGUAUGGGGUACAAUUGGGUGAUUGUCGUGUGAAGGAGAAGAGUUGAGAUUCGUGAAGGAUUCACGCCAAGAUGAUCAGUUCAGCCCUGCGAACGCGUCCUCCCGCCGUGGACCUCUCCCAACGUCUCUUACCCCACAUACACGAAGAUCCUACUCGCCACAGCCGAUACACCCUCCGCGGCUGAGCAGUCUAGACACACUCACCCGCCACGUUAAACACCUCACUUCCCAUCCCCGUGACAAUGGCCGACAUCCUCACGCAAAUGCAAGACGAGGUGGACAUGCUCCUCAACAUCAUGCAGUCACAGCUCUUCCAGAUCCGCACCAGAGCACCCCCCAGCGUACCAGAAGGUCAGCAGAAGCUCAGCUCAUUCGCCGAGAAGGAAGCAGCCGACAAGUCCGAGAACGCGACCCAGAACUCUGCGCAACCGACCCAGACAAGCGAACAUGCACCGCCGGCGCAGCCUACGAAGGAGGAGUUCAACGAUGAUUUGAAAGAGAUGGCCAAGGAUUUGGUUGUCAAGUCGCAGCAGAUCGAGAUGCUGAUUGCGAAUCUGCCGGGUGUGAAUUCGAGUGAGGCUGAGCAGGUGCAGCGUAUGAAAGAGCUUGAGAGGGAGCUGGAAGAGGUGGAAGGCGAGCGACUGCAGGCUGUUAAGGUGAAGGAGUUGCUGCUCAAGAAGGUGGAAGAGAAGAUCAUGGGCGUUGGCAAGAUGCGAUGAAAGCCAGAAAGUGUCCAGCAGCAAAUUCUCGAUACAUGUGACCCGCCCGAUGUCAAGAACCCAUGGACCUCCCGCCUCUUCUAGGACCCUCAACUAUCCUCGCUAUCUUGAACCACACUUCAGGACACAUUCUCGCCACAACGCAGGAUUGCAAUUACACUACCUGUACCUCUGCCUGUUCUCUCUCGGCGGCUCCUCAAGGCUACACUUUCUCAGAUCCCCGUCAAGGUUAACUAGCUGGACUCUCUCAGACCUUCCAGUAUGUCGUUCGC